AUGGCACCGCGCAUUCUCAUCACGUUCUCCGGAACCCGUGGUGAUGCCCAGCCCUAUUUGGUGGCUGCACAAGCUCUGCAGGCAGCUGGUUUCGAUGUGAUGACCGGUGGUAACGAGGACGCGGCAAGCUUGGCAGAGAGUUUUAACGUCCCUUUCCGUGCUACCCGGAUGAGUGCUCGCGAGAUAAUGACGAAUACACUGUUGGUUGAGGCUAUGACUGAGCAGAGCAUCCCAAAGAUCGUGAAAGUACAAGAGCAGGUGAUGUCCGAGGGGAGGCGACGAGAAGAGUUGGGGAAGUGGUAUUAUCUAUUGCAAGACUUCAAGCCACAACUGGUCCUCUGCGGUGGUGUAAGCCUCGUGCCUGUGCCACCGAUGGCACGAGAGAUGGGCAUCCCUGCCCUGUCUUUCUCCCUGCAACGAAUGAGACCCAGCCGCUACUUUACGCCUUUCGGGUUCCCGAGAACACAGCUGGGGCUCGUGAACCUUGCCUCCUGGCACUUCUUGCAUUGGGUCCUCCUAAGAGGUUCUCGGAAGAAAGACGGGCCGGCUUUUGAGGAGCUCUUCAAGAAGCCCGCCAAAGAGGUCCUGAUGUCUAUCCAAGAGGUGAACGAUCUCUAUGCUUGCAAGGCUGCAUACCCGAGCCUCAUAGCUGAGAGUCAUGUUCUCCAUGGCGACUUUCCAGAGGACUUCAACGAGAACUGCGUCCGGAUCGGGGCGAUGAUGCCCGCGGCUUCCAAGCAAGUGGGGCCGGAGUUCGGAUCAACAGAGCUGGAUGCCAUGGAGGCCUUCCUUUCUCAGGGCGAGGCGCCGGUGUUCUUUGGCUACGGCUCCAUGAUCUGCAAGAACUCGAAGUUCAUGACCCUGUUGAGCCUUCGAGCUCUGAGGCUGACGGGUCUUCGUGGCAUCUUCUGUGCGGCCUGGUCCGAGAUGUCCCUGAGCCUUGUGGAGGGGGAAGAGGAUGCGAAGGAGCUGAAAGACUUCUGCAGGGACCAUGUGCUUUUCGUGAAGUUCGCGCCACAUGGAGUCCUCUUCCCGCGCUGUUGCGCAAUCGUUCACCAUGGAGGCGCCGGCACCACGAAUGCCUCUGCGCGGUCUGGCAUACCUACAAUCAUCCUGCCUCUGUCCUUCGAUCAGUUCGAUCACGCAGACAUGGUUAACACAAGUGGCAUCGGCGUGGGCCUGAAGGCCAUGCCUUCCUUGGCACCCGAGGAGAUUGCACAGGCCAUCUGCAAGUGCAGGGAGACCGCGGCCAUUCGCGAGAAAGCUCGUGAGGUGGGCUUGGCUAUGGAGAAGGAGGAUGGCCCCAGGGAGUUAGUCGACUUCGUCACCGCUUACAUGAAGGAUUUCGUGGAAACUGGAAGGCACGUGAAGCUCCAAGAGGAGAUGCGGAGGCGUCGCUCAAGUUGGCUCCUGUGGUGCUUGCCAUGCUCCUGA